UAAAGCACCGUGACGACUUCACCCAAAACUCAGAAGGAGACAAGUUGAAGCAACCUCCAGCAAAAAUGUCGAAGGAAUCUUGGAUUGCAUAUGCAUUAAAGUUCAUUCUAAAGCUUGUUAUUAGAGCAGCUUUAGAUGCUGCGAUUCCUGGAUUACGAAGAGCACUAGAUUUCGCUGUAGUGGUUGAGAAUUUCUGUAAUGGUCAAUGGGUUGAAGGAGUAAUCAACUUACUUUAUGCAGUUGGAUGCCUUGUAACUCUUGGAGCAUUGAACUUUGUGAAGGAUGCACUGGGUCAAGCUGCAAAAGAGUUUGUUACUCAAGCUGCUAAAAAAAUUGCGCCGUCAGCUGAAAGAAGGGCGACCAAUGAAGUUGGAACAGAGCAAGCUUCAAGGGAUUUGGCAAACCCCGUGGUUAAUGAAGUAGUUGAAGAGAUAUAUUCCGAAGGCAUCAAGAUCAAGAAAUGUGUUUCCGUGAUUGCUGGUAACGGAGGUGUGGUCGUUAAAAAAAGCAUCUCAGCGGUUUGGCGUAGAAAUUGACAAAUUUUAACCGUUGGUCACGGUAAAAAGUUAAUCGUAAAAAAUUUUCCCCGAUAGGCACAAUUAACGGUAGCGUAAAACUACAAAAUUAAACGAGACUUACCUGUCAUCGCCCAGAAUUCAGCGACACAUCCGGGUCCUUUUGUGUAGCCAACCGCGCUAAAUUUGAAAUCUCAUCGGCGAGAACAUGUCAAACAAUAGAGAAAAUGGCCUGAAAUUGUCGACCAAGGCUUACUAUUUUCUAUAUUUUGACGAAACUGCGUAACAUUCAUUAGUUUUAGCAUAUGGCUUUUAUAGAAAAGGUAUUAAUAAAAUAUAUUUUACAAUCGCGGAGUUUCCAGUCCCCCU